CCGCCUCCACGCACACACCCGCGGGGAGCGGCCGAGGCGGGGGAGCGCCCUCCCGGGAGAACAUGGAGGGCCCCUCGGGCUCGGCGCAGGGCAGCGAGCGGCCGCUGCUCACCGUCACGCACGAGCUGAGGAACGCAAAUUUGACAGGCCAUGCAGAGAAAGUUGGCAUUGAGAACUUUGAACUCUUGAAAGUCCUUGGAACUGGGGCAUAUGGAAAAGUGUUCCUAGUAAGGAAAGUAAGUGGCCACGAUGCUGGAAAGUUGUAUGCCAUGAAAGUACUGAAGAAAGCAACAAUAGUUCAAAAAGCCAAAACAACUGAGCACACAAGGACAGAACGACAAGUAUUGGAACACAUUAGGCAAUCACCAUUUUUGGUCACGUUGCAUUAUGCCUUCCAGACAGAUACAAAGCUUCAUCUCAUUUUAGACUAUAUAAAUGGAGGAGAACUUUUCACUCAUCUUUCACAAAGAGAGAGAUUCUCAGAAAAUGAGGUGCAAAUUUACAUUGGGGAAAUCGUUUUGGCACUUGAACAUCUACACAAGUUGGGAAUUAUAUAUCGCGAUAUAAAACUUGAGAAUAUUCUCCUGGAUUCUGAUGGCCACGUGGUGCUGACAGACUUUGGUCUGAGUAAGGAGUUUCUUACUGAUGAGAAUGAGAGAGCAUAUUCUUUCUGUGGAACAAUAGAAUACAUGGCUCCAGAUAUUGUAAGAGGAGGAGAUACAGGACAUGAUAAGGCUGUCGAUUGGUGGAGUGUUGGUGUUCUUAUGUAUGAAUUGCUAACUGGAGCAUCACCGUUUACGGUUGAUGGAGAGAAGAAUUCUCAAGCUGAGAUUUCUAGGAGAAUAUUAAAAAGUGAGCCACCUUACCCACAAGAAAUGAGUGCACUGUCAAAGGAUAUAAUUCAGCGCCUUUUGAUGAAAGACCCCAAGAAGAGACUUGGUUGUGGUCCAGCUGAUGCUGAUGAAAUCAAACAGCAUCCCUUUUUCCAGAAUAUAAAUUGGGAUGAUUUAGCUGCCAAAAAAGUGCCAGCUCCAUUUAAACCAGUAAUUAGAGAUGAGUUGGAUGUCAGUAACUUUGCAGAAGAGUUUACAGAAAUGGACCCAACAUAUUCUCCUGCAGCAACCCCUCAGACUUCAGAAAAAAUAUUUCAGGGAUAUUCUUUCGUUGCACCUUCUAUUUUGUUUAAACGCAAUGCAGCUACAGUAGAUCCUGUUCAGUUUUAUGUGGGGGAUGAGCGACCCGGAACUACAACUAUUGCCAGAAGUGCUAUGAUGAAGGACUCUCCAUUUUUUCAACAUUAUGAACUGGAUCUGAAAGAGAAACCAUUGGGAGAAGGAAGUUUUUCCAUUUGUCGAAAGUGCUUACACAAGAAAACUAGCCAGGAGUAUGCAGUAAAAAUAAUUAGCAAAAGGAUGGAAGCGAACACCCAGAGAGAAAUAACAGCUCUGAAACUCUGCGAAGGACACCCCAACGUAGUGAAGUUGCAUGAAGUUUAUCAUGACCAGCUUCACACUUUUCUAGUAAUGGAAUUACUGAAAGGAGGAGAAUUGCUUGAACGUAUUCAGAAGAAGCAGCAUUUCAGUGAGACAGAAGCCAGUCAUAUUAUGCGCAGACUUGUUUCAGCAGUGAGCCACAUGCAUGAUGUAGGAGUAGUCCAUAGAGAUCUGAAACCUGAGAAUUUGUUGUUUACAGAUGAAACUGAUAAUUCAGAAAUAAAAAUAAUUGAUUUUGGCUUUGCUCGUUUAAAACCACCUGACAAUCAGCCUCUUAAGACUCCAUGUUUUACUCUGCAUUAUGCUGCCCCAGAGCUCUUUAAUCACAAUGGUUAUGAUGAAUCUUGUGAUCUCUGGAGUUUGGGAGUCAUUCUGUAUACGAUGUUAUCAGGACAGGUACCAUUUCAGUCUCAAGACAAAAGUUUAACAUGUACUAGUGCAUUGGAAAUAAUGAAAAAAAUAAAAAAGGGAGAAUUUUCCUUUGAAGGGGAAGCUUGGAAAAAUGUUUCUGAAGAGGCCAAAGAGUUAAUUCAAGGACUUCUGACAGUGGAUCCGAACAAAAGAAUUAAGAUGUCCAGUCUGAGAUACAACGAAUGGCUUCAGGAUGGCAGCCAGCUGUCAUCUAACCCUCUAAUGACUCCUGAUAACUUGGGUUCUUCAGGCGCUGCAGUGCAUACAUAUGUCAAAGCCACUUUUCAUGCCUUUAACAAGUACAAAAGAGAAGGAUUUUGUCUCCAGAAUGUUGACAAGGCACCUCUUGCAAAGAGAAGGAAAAUGAAAAAAACGAGUACAAGCACAGAGACACGUAGCAGCUCCAGUGAAAGUUCACAUUCUUCUUCCUCUCAUUCUCAUGGUAAAACUACACCUACAAAGACACUGCAGCCAACAAACCCUACAGACAGCAAUAACCCAGAAACUAUCUUCCAGUUCUCUGACUGAAAAGCAGAGAAUAUUUUGUCUUGAAGAUUUGCGUGGUUAUAAACUGGGCACCUUUGUCUUCUCCCACCCCUCCUCCCUGUGGCUUACAGACUACAGAAAUAUGUCCGCCGCUUUAAUAAUGUAUUUCAGUCAUACCUUUUUAGCUUCAUAUUUCAAUACAUUUCUUUUUAGCAUUAAGUUUCGUAUCACUGGAUAUGGUAUAAUACUGUAUUACAACCAAUGUUAUAUUCACUUGGGAUAAAUUACUAGUCUGCAGUCAAGCUCCUCAUAGUAAGGAGCUAUUCUGCCCUUGGUACAGCUUGGAGGAAAGUUGUUUCUCAGUGUCAGAAUCUUCCUCCCAGUUUCUUCUCCACUAUUAAAAGAAAAGAAAGCUCUGUAAAACAUAGAACUCUUGAAUCUUCUGCUUAUGUCCAGCUAUGUGAAGAAUCUCAUAGCAUUUGAUUCUUCCUGUACAUAAGGAAUGAUUGGUACAAUCCAUCAAAAAAGUGAAGUACUCAAAGGCCUCUUAAAUUUGGGAUCGCAUUCUAUGCCAUUUAUUUGAAUUUUAAGAACAAAAUGAAGUGUUAUGCAACUCUUAGGUUGCUUUAAAAAGUUGCUCCAUAUAUCUUGUUUUAAACAAUUGAGAAUGUCUUAGAUUUUUUAUUUAUUUAAUUUUUUAGAACACAUCUAGAGUAAAAGAUGUCUAAGGUGACGUGUCUAGUACUGUGAUACAGUAAUUUUUAUUUCUACUUUUUGAAGUUAAUAACUUUUAAAAUGUUAUACAGAUUCUAAAACAAUGAUAUUACAGAAAGUGAAAUUUCAUAUUGAAUGUUUGAAAAAUGGUCACGCGUUAAAAUAUCUAUUUCAAGAAUUAACUAUAAUUUAUAUUUUCUUUUUAUAUUUACACAAGAACUUUAAAAUACUGAGAUUUUUUUAAAAAUGCAAAAACUCCAGUUUCAGCAUUUGUUAUUAUAGGGUCCAUACAAAUAUAUACCAAGUUAUUUGAAUUUUGCAUUGUGCAAAUACAUCAGUAUAAUAGUGACUGUAAAAUAUUAGAAUAUGUUUUCUUCUUUGCACUUUAUAACAUCAAAAUGAGAUGUUUUGUAAUAAAGUGCACUCAGAUUUCUCUUCCUACAAGGUGCUGAGCACUGUUUUAUUGGAUUGAGUGACCUGAAAUCCACAGUAUGUGGUGGUUGUGGUCAUUGUGAAGGAGAAUUCUGUACUUUGCAGGAGUGAAUCCCUGUAUAUUAUCCACUGUUUCCAUUCCUUACUUAAAACUGCAAAACUCUUUCUAUCCUGCUUUUACAUUGUAUAUAACAAAUACUAGACCUGGGCACCUUGUGUGUAGUGUAGAUGUUAACAACUUAUGCACUGGGAAUACUAAAGGGAAAUUAUAUUGAACACUGUGCUUCACAACUUGUUCACUGUGGUGUUCUACAGUGAAGUAUUUCCUACUGUGAUAGUAUAGUAUGUACAUAACUGUUUGGAAUCAUAAAUGUGACUUACAGAAACAUCAGCAUAAACUUUUGAAUCAGCAUAUUUUAUAAAUUUAUGGAGAGCUCUUUUAUUGCUCGUAUUCUCCAUGUCUAGAGACAACUCCAGUUUUGCAACUGCUUAGGUGUGUAAGUUUCCACUAAAGUCAGAGCGAGUCAUUGUGUAAAGUAAAUUAAAUGCCUAAAUGUCUGUGAUGGUAGAAUAAUUGACAUGAGGAAUUUGUUAAAAGCUUGUUCUACUAUAAAGUAAACUUAAUCCAAACCCUAUGCAAAAAAAAAAAAGAUAUAGAAAUUGUUUAUAUCAGUGGUUUUAUUUAUAGAAUUACAUCAGAUAUCAGUAUUGACAGAUACAAUACAUCCAUGUUUACAGGGAUUGUGUGUAUCAAAACAAGGCUUUGAAGCCCAACAUGUUUGUUCUGUGUUUCUUUAAUAUUAAUAAUGGCAUUCUGAGGUUUUGGAAUUGCUCAUGUGAAAUAGUUUACUACUUUCUUGAUGUGAAUGUCAACAGUAAUUGCAGCAUUAAUUUCAGGUUGAUGUGAAUAUUGAGAUUUGCACUGUUUAUGUAGAGGUAGUAUAUUUAAAGAUCAGUAUAUGUGCUAAUAACACAACCGAUUUUAAGUGGCUGAUGUUAAAAUAUUGAAAAAUAAUUGUCAAUGUAAUAUAUUCCGGUUUGCUUUCUGAAUGCUCUCUUUGGAAGUGAUCUCAAUAGUGAAAAUGGCUCAUUUGUAAAAGAAUACUUUCCCUCUCCCCAAUAAACUUGCUGUAAAUACAAAAACAACAAUCCACAAUUAAUACUUAUUGUGUAGACAGUACAAGUAAAUUGAGGGAGGGAGAGAAGGUUGUUCUUAAAUUUUAUACCUUAAGGAGUUCUUGGAAUUUAUUGUUGUCUUAGUGGAGAGAAAAAAAAAAAAAAAAAGCAAUUUUGGGUUUGAUUUCUUUCAAGAGUAGCAAAAAAUCUUUUGGAUACCAAAUAGUUCUGGAAUAUUGUGACCCUUGUGAAAUAACUUUUUUUAAAGUGAGAAGGAUCAUGCAUUUGUUUCUCUCUUGGGAAAUUUAAGCUGAUGCCUGACAAACUGAUGAAACAAGAAAAAGAAGAUUCAUACGAGAAACUGUAUGCUGCAGAUGAUGGCUGUGUUGUCUGGUGUUGGCUUUUUUUUUUUCCCCACACAGGUCUUGAGAGAUUGUUGUGAAUCUAAAAUUAUUAGAUCACUUGCAUCAAAUACAACUUUUACUCAAUAAUA